GGCGGCUUCCUCCUCCUCUUCCUCGUGCUCCUCUUCCUCGGCAGACGGAGCCCCCGGCACCCCAUGGACCGCUGGGUGCUGAGCCGGCUGGCGCAGGCGGCGGGCGAGUACGGGCGGCGCAUGGAGGCCUUCGAGCUCCACGGCGCCGUGGCGGCCGCCCACCACUUCUGGCUGCGGAGCUUCUGCGACGUCUACCUGGAGGCGGCCAAGCCGGAGCUGCGGGGGGGAGGACGCCGGGCGGCGCGCCGAGACCCGCCGGACGCUGCUGACCUGCGCCGAGCUGGGCCUGCGCCUCCUCGCCCCCUUCAUGCCCUACGUGACGGAGGAGCUGUGGCAGCGCCUGCCCCGCGCCGGCCCCACGGCGGCCCCCAGCCUCUGCCUGGCCGAGUUCCCCAGCGGCGAGCGCCUGGCCCGCUGGCUCUGCCCCCGGGUCGAGGCCGACGUGGCGGUCCUGCAGGACGUGGUGAGGGCCGUGCGCGGCCUCCGCGACGCCUUCGGCCUCGGCGCCGCCCGCCCGCCCGGGGCUGCUGGAGCCGGGGGCCGUGCGGAGCCGCCAGCGGAGCCUCCGGCGCCGCCUCGAGGCCCUGGAGCGGAAAACACCCUGAAAGCAGCAGAAAACACCCCAAACCGGCAAAAACGCCCUGGAACGGGCAGAAAACACCCUGAAAGCGGCAGAAAACAACCCCAAACCAGCAAAAACACCCCAGAACGGGCAGAAAAUGCCCUGAAAGCGGCAGAAAACACCCUGGAACGGGCAGAAAACGCCCUGAAAGCAGCAGAAACGCCCCGGAACGGGCAGAAAACACCCUGA